CGCGCUCACCUGGGUGCUCACCUGCGCGCGGGCGCUUCCGCAGGAAGAAGGAAGCGGCGCCACCGUCGUCUCCCGGCCCUCCCUCCCCACCAGCCAGGUCCGCCGGCCGCCACCAUGUCCGCCUCGGCUGUCUUCAUCCUCGAUGUCAAGGGCAAGCCCUUGAUCAGCCGCAACUACAAGGGCGAUGUGGCCAUGAGUGAGAUUGAGCACUUCAUGCCUCUGCUCAUGCAGCGGGAGGAGGAGGGCGCUCUGGCCCCACUGAUGAGCCACGGCCGGGUCCACUUCCUGUGGAUCAAAUACAGCAACCUCUACUUGGUGGCCACCACACUGAAGAACGCCAACGCCUCCCUCGUGUACUCGUUCCUCUACAAGACAGUGGAGGUAUUCUCUGAAUACUUCAAGGAGCUGGAGGAGGAAAGCAUUCGAGACAACUUUGUCAUCGUCUACGAGCUGCUGGAUGAGCUCAUGGACUUCGGCUUCCCACAGACCACGGACAGCAAAAUCCUGCAGGAAUACAUCACGCAGCAGGGCAACAAGCUGGAGACGGGCAAGUCGCGAGUGCCACCCACUGUCACCAAUGCUGUGUCCUGGCGCUCGGAGGGCAUCAAAUACAAGAAGAACGAAGUCUUCAUCGAUGUCAUAGAGUCCGUCAACCUGCUGGUCAACGCCAACGGCAGUGUCCUGCUGAGUGAGAUCGUGGGCACCAUCAAGCUCAAGGUGUUUCUGUCAGGAAUGCCGGAGCUGAGGCUGGGCCUCAAUGACCGCGUGCUCUUCGAGCUCACUGGCCUUUCAGGGAGUAAGAACAAGUCCGUGGAACUGGAGGAUGUGAAAUUCCACCAGUGUGUGCGUCUGUCUCGCUUCGACAACGACCGUACCAUCUCCUUCAUUCCGCCCGACGGUGACUUCGAGCUCAUGUCCUACCGCCUCAGCACCCAGGUCAAGCCGCUGAUCUGGAUUGAAUCUGUCAUUGAGAAAUUCUCCCACAGCCGCGUGGAGAUCAUGGUCAAGGCUAAGGGGCAGUUUAAGAAGCAGUCGGUGGCCAACAGCGUGGAGAUAUCUGUGCCGGUACCCAGCGAUGCCGACUCCCCACGCUUCAAGACCAGCGUGGGCAGUGCCAAGUACAUGCCAGAGAAGAACGUCGUUAUAUGGAGUAUCAAGUCUUUCCCGGGGGGCAAGGAGUACCUGAUGCGCGCCCACUUUGGCCUCCCCAGCGUGGAGAAGGAGGAGGUAGAGGGCCGGCCCCCCAUUGGAGUCAAGUUUGAGAUCCCCUAUUUCACCGUCUCCGGGAUCCAGGUCCGAUACAUGAAGAUCAUCGAGAAGAGUGGUUACCAGGCCCUGCCCUGGGUCCGCUAUAUCACCCAGAGUGGCGAUUAUCAACUUCGUACCAGCUAGAAGGGAGAAGAAGUGGGGGCUUGAACAUGGGCCGUCCUCUCCCCGGGCCCCGACUGCGAACUCUAGAGAGAGAGAGGGAAGAUGGGAUGCGUGUGUGUGUGUGUGGGGGGGGGACGGCAGUCCCUGAAUUAGCAGUUUCUUAAGGGCUGGCUGGCUCCCAGCCUUUUCCUUUACCCAUAGGCUGGGAGGGAUGGUCUCCCUGUCUCCAGGCUCCCGCCCCUCCCCUCUCCCAUUUUAUAUGAAGAAAUAGAAAAGGGACUUGAAGUCCCCCUCAUGAGUGCCUUCUUGCAGUGACCUGCCUUAGGAGGUGUGGGGAGGCCCUCCUCCACAGCUGCUGAACCCAGAGACCCCGCGAGCCCAGAGACCCCGCUGGCCCAUUCUGAGUUUUAGGAUGGCAUUAAAAAUGAAUCUAGCUGC